GCUCCACGAUUCAAAUGGAGGAACCUCCUUUUCCACAACAAUUCAAAAUAAUUCAAAAUAGAGCGGGGCGGGCUGUACUAUAAACAUAGCCCAACCUAAUCUACGGUAAAUAUUAACCUCGAAAUUAUCGGAAACAAUAUUAACCAUAGUUAAUAACUAACCCGAUACCCAUUUUGCCCUCCUCUCAUUCAUUUUUCAUUUUUUUCCUAUAAAAAAGAGACGCCCCCCUCACAUUUUACGAAUCUCACAAUUCAAAAAUUUUCGAAACUCUCAAUUCCUUUUUCUCUUUUUGAAACGGCGUCUUGAUAAACGCCGUUAUUCUCUUCUUCCUUCAACUAAAUUUUAGGGUUUCGAAGUUUUUGCUGUAGCGAAAAUGAGAGAAUGCAUUUCUAUUCACAUUGGUCAGGCUGGUAUUCAGGUUGGAAAUGCUUGUUGGGAACUUUACUGUCUCGAGCACGGCAUUCAGCCUGAUGGCCAGAUGCCAAGUGACAAGACUGUCGGAGGAGGUGAUGACGCGUUCAACACUUUCUUCAGCGAAACUGGAGCUGGAAAGCAUGUCCCAAGAGCUGUCUUUGUGGAUCUUGAGCCCACUGUCAUUGAUGAAGUGAGGACAGGAGCAUACCGCCAGCUCUUCCACCCUGAGCAGCUGAUAAGUGGCAAAGAAGAUGCCGCCAACAACUUUGCCCGUGGCCACUAUACCAUUGGGAAAGAGAUAGUUGAUCUGUGCUUGGAUCGCAUCCGUAAGCUUGCAGACAACUGUACUGGUCUUCAAGGGUUUCUGGUCUUCAAUGCUGUUGGUGGUGGUACUGGUUCGGGUCUGGGGUCACUUCUGCUGGAGCGUCUCUCAGUUGAUUAUGGAAAGAAGUCCAAACUUGGUUUCACAAUUUAUCCCUCACCACAGGUCUCAACUUCUGUUGUUGAGCCUUACAACAGUGUCCUGUCAACUCACUCCCUUCUCGAGCACACUGAUGUAUCAAUCCUUUUGGAUAAUGAAGCCAUUUAUGACAUCUGCAGGCGUUCAUUGGACAUUGAGCGUCCUACAUACACCAACCUUAACCGCCUCAUCUCACAGGUUAUAUCUUCUCUGACAGCUUCUUUGAGGUUUGAUGGUGCUCUCAAUGUUGAUGUGAAUGAAUUCCAGACCAAUCUUGUCCCCUAUCCCAGGAUCCAUUUUAUGCUUUCCUCUUAUGCCCCUGUCAUUUCUGCUGAGAAGGCCUACCAUGAGCAGCUUUCAGUUGCAGAGAUCACCAACAGUGCCUUUGAGCCAUCUUCUAUGAUGGUUAAGUGUGACCCUCGCCAUGGCAAGUACAUGGCUUGCUGUCUCAUGUUCCGUGGUGAUGUGGUGCCAAAGGAUGUUAAUGCUGCUGUGGCCACCAUCAAGACUAAGCGCACCAUCCAAUUUGUUGAUUGGUGCCCCACAGGAUUCAAGUGUGGUAUCAACUAUCAGCCACCCACUGUUGUUCCUGGUGGCGACCUUGCUAAGGUGCAGAGGGCUGUGUGCAUGAUUUCCAACUCUACCAGUGUUGCUGAGGUCUUCUCACGAAUUGACCACAAGUUUGAUCUUAUGUAUGCUAAGCGUGCUUUUGUGCAUUGGUACGUUGGUGAGGGCAUGGAGGAAGGUGAAUUCAGUGAAGCCCGUGAAGAUCUUGCUGCCCUUGAGAAGGAUUAUGAGGAGGUUGGUGCUGAAGGCGAUGAUGAAGGUGAGGGAGAAGAUGAUGAUGAGUACUGAGCAAUAUUAUAGUCUGUUUUUAUUUUCUUCAGUUCUGACUUUAUGUUGCACUACUGAAGACUUACUUCGUGUGUUGAAUUGUGGUAUCAUAACAUAUGUUUGUUUUGAGUA